AUGACUGGGGUUUUUGAGAACUUAAAUACUGAUAUGCAUUCGAACCAGAUUACCUCAAGCAAUUACCACAGCUUGCACAAAUCGCAGGAGUCCCCGACUCUGCCGGUGUCCACGGCUACGGACAGCAGCUAUUACAACAGCCAUCAGACUGGUCAUCCGUUUGGCCAACUCAGCUCUUACCAGUACCACGGCAGCGCCACGAGCACAGUGCCAUAUAACGCAAAGUCAUACGACCUUGGUUUCAACUCGUCUUACGGUGCAUACAGCUCCUACGGCUCCAACCCCUCUCCUACUCCAGCCGAUACAGAGAAAGAAGAGAGCGAGCCAGAAAUCCGGUUGGUUAAUGGAAAACCAAAGAAGGUCAGGAAACCUCGAACCAUUUAUUCCAGCUUUCAACUGGCUGCACUUCAGCGGCGGUUUCAAAAGACGCAGUAUUUGGCUCUACCAGAACGGGCCGAGCUGGCAGCCUCAAUGGGCCUUACGCAAACACAGGUCAAAAUCUGGUUCCAAAACCGCCGCUCCAAGUUCAAGAAGCUGUGGAAAAGUGGAGAAAUCCCCCCGGAUCAACAUGUUGCGACCAGUGAAUCACCCCCCUGCACGUCUCCACCAACUACUGCCUGGGACUUUCCACAGACUCAAAGAAUGAACAAUGUCAACUCCAGUUUACCUCAGAGCAGCAGCCCUCCCAACACGACUGCGCCUUCAUCAUUUUUGGCAAACUACUCCUGGUACUCAACCACGAACUCUACGACGCAUCUGCAGCCUCCUCUGCUCCAGCACCACCACAACUCCGCCAUAAGUGCUGGGACAAUAUUCUGA